UAAAAAGAAUCGCCAAUUCCUCUCGUUCCUAGUCUAUUUAUUUUAAAUAUACCUUAAAUGCAAGGUCAGAUGAGAACCUAAAGGGAUAUUGCAUUUCUCGUUGCAUCAAUUUGCGACGGUUUUGCCUCUCCUGGCCUAUAACAUUUCUCCUUCCCCUCUUUUUGCUCGCUAUCCUGUCCAGUCCUUCUCCCCUGUCUGCUGACUGCUGACUGCUCCUUACUGAGCUGACCUCUGCCUGGAUAUUUUCAUCCCCCGUUUCUCCUUUUCAGCACGUUUCGUGUCGAGCAGAAUGCGUGCCUCGGGGUUGAUUCAUCAUCCCUUGGCAUCCUCCUUCGUGAAGGUCCAGUCGAAUAUUAACAUCAGUCCCUUUGACAGUUGCGAUAUUCGAAUCAUCAUGGAUAGGAAUGACAGUAACAAAUAUCCAGCGAAACAACAUGCUCGCAGAGUCGCUGCACAACUCGGAAUUUCAACUGGCCUCGUUUAUCUAGUCGGUCAGCCGACAGUCAAUUGGAGUGAUUCGGACCAAGAGCGCUUGUUUCGGCAGAGACGCUACUUUUACUACCUCAGCGGAACAGACGAAGCAGAUUGCUAUCUGACCUACGAUAUCCGAGCCGACCUAUUGACGCUCUAUGUCCCAAAUUUCGAUCUUCGCCGCGCAAUAUGGAUGGGCCCGACACUGACAGUCGAGGAAGCCCAGGCGCGGUACGAUGUAGAUGAUGUCCGUUAUUAUGACUCUCUGCAAGGCGAUAUUGAGCAUUGGGCAGCCAAGAACAACCAAACAAGUCCGGUUUAUAUUCUUCACGACUCACAACGACCUACAAUGGUCUCCAUGAAUUUUAACUUGGACGCUGCACUACUCCGGCCCGCUAUGGAUGCGGCUCGAGGUGUCAAGGAUGAAUAUGAGAUUGAACUGAUUCGCCAGGCAAAUAAGAUAUCUGGCCUGGCCCAUCGAAAGAUUCUCGAAAGUAUAGGCAGAAUGACCUCCGAGUCGGAAAUUGAAGGCUCGUUUUUGGAUACCUGUGUGUCGCACGGAGCGAGAAACCAAGCAUAUCAGCUCAUUGCCGGUUCUGGAGAGAAUGCAGCAGUCCUUCAUUAUUCAAAAAACAACGAGCCCCUCGAGGGUAGACAGCUGGUCUGUCUAGACGCGGGUGCAGAGUGGAACUGCUACGCCUGUGACGUGACCCGGACCAUCCCCCUGUCAACGACAGGAGACUGGCCAAGUGUGCACGCCAGAAACAUCUACCACGUUGUGGAAGAGAUGCAGGAAGAGUGUAUCAAGCGCAUCAAAAUAGGUGUCAGGUUCCUGGACCUGCACGUGUUGGCACACGAGAUUGCAAUUAGAAGAUUACUACAGUUUGGGAUUCUCAAAGGCGGCUCCGUAGAGGAGAUCCGCAAGUCCGGUGCGUCGACUGUCUUCUUCCCCCAUGGGCUGGGCCAUCAUGUAGGAUUGGAAGUGCACGACGUCUCAGGAAAGUCGCUCACUGCUCUUCGGGACGACCACUAUGAUGCUAUGCUCAUACCAGCUAUUGGCCAUUCUCCAUGCACACUCUCCGCGUCCUAUUUGGAGGAAGGAAUGGUCGUCACCGUUGAACCGGGAGUAUACUUCUCCCGUUUUGCCCUAGCCAAUGCCCGAAAGCAGCCACUGGCCAAAUACAUCGACUUUGAGGUGGCGGCCGAAUACGUCCCAGUCGGUGGCGUACGAAUCGAAGAUGACAUCUUGGUCACCAAAACUGGGUAUGAAAACCUGACGACGGCACCCAAAGGAAAUGAGAUGGUCGAGAUUAUCCGUCGCGGGAUCGGCAAUUAGCCAGCCUUUAAUUUCAACGCUCCCCAGAGGCCCAGACGGAAAAUGGGCCUUGCAUCAUCGAUGUUUAGCAUACGACAUCUGUACCUAUCAAAUGGCAGCGUGGUCUCUCACAGACGGCUUGUGUUUCAACUGAGCAAGAUGUGUCUCCAUUAACCACCCAGAGCCAGAUCCAUAAUUACGUGCCACCACACACCUCAU